AUGAACCGACGUGGAACCGGUCGCAGUACAUCAUUGGAUUGCGUCGUAGCAAAAGAUAAUUUCUCCGAUGAUAUACGAAUUUGGGUGUGCUCAAGCUCUGCAGAGAAAUUGCGGAAGCCUUUUGUCAUUAUCACCAAAAGCUUUUUAAAGGACGUAGCAACUUUCAUUUUCGACUACACAAAUGGUGCUAAUACCAUUGUGUACGGAGCACCUCGAACCCAAGCGUUUUACACGUCAAUGUCAGACAUUGAUGUUCGAGACGAAACAAGCUCAACGAGCUUUACGUCUUGGGGUUUUUAA